AUGACACGAGCGGUUGGUCGCCACAAGUGCGAUUGUUCCACCCGGCUCGCUCACCCACUUGACCGUUUCGCAAUCGGCGGUUUCCUUGAAAUCCCUAAUAUAUUCGAUCGUUCGUACUCAACAAGCCGGGCCACUGGCGUCGUGUGCAGGCGUCUUAUCGCCCUGUGUCCUUAUUACGGGCGCCGGAAGUACGCGCUCGACUCCGAUCCGAGCAAACGUUCAUUCAUGUUCCACGCCGUCGACGCGUCCCGGGAGGUUGACGGCGAGCCAACGACGUCGCAACGGGUGCCUGAUAAGGGCCGCUUGUUUGCCCGGGCCGUCUGGGGGCGGCCGGGGCAAACAUCGGCGCCGGAAGUGGUCACGAGCGGGAAAAGGGCUGGCGCGGGU